GAACCCAACAAGGGGGUUCCAUGAGGAACCUAAGACCUGGGUUCAUGAAACCCAAAUUUGGGUUCCGUGAGGAACCCAGUAGCGGGUUUUGCGAACCCAACUAUUGGGUUUCGCAAACCCAGUCCCAAAUUUGGGUUCCUCCCGGAACCCAAAGGAACCCAGCAACUAGAAUAGCUGGAAGCAUAUGGAGAUGGAAUUUAGAGAGAAAAGGUGCUUUGUUGAGCAUAGGCUGUGAUGAGCAAGAUCCCAGAUGCCCAUAUUGGUCCCAUUCUGAUCACAAAUUUCAGUUCUUCCACUCGAUGAACAAUGUUUAAUCUCUAUAGAUUGGGAGAUUUUGUGUUGUCUUCUUCUGUCACGAUGGCUGCCUUAUCUAGAAAUCUACAAUUCAAGCAUGUAUGACAUUAAAAUUAUUUUGUCCAUUUCCCUCUCAAUCAUGUACCUAAGUCCAUUAUUGCGUUUGUCUGCUUUCAAACAUCAAACUUGCAACUUGUGUGGUUGUGUUUCAUGAACCCAGGUCUUGGGUUC